GGCAGCAUAACAACCGACGACAGUAACUGUUACGGCUUGACACUUUAGCUUUUAGCCUGCACACAAGAAACAGCUUCGGUCGUUCAAAGAAAUUUCAUUUCACAAUGUCAGCAGCCGGUCCGGAUGGUGCUGGCGCCGCGCCAGGCAACAGGCGCCUACAGCAGACCCAGGCCCAGGUGGACGAGGUGGUGGAUAUUAUGCGUGUCAAUGUGGACAAAGUGUUGGAGCGGGACCAGAAGCUGUCUGAACUGGACGACAGAGCCGACGCCCUGCAGGCCGGAGCCUCCCAGUUUGAAACCAGUGCUGCCAAGCUGAAGAGGAAGUACUGGUGGAAGAACUGCAAGAUGUGGGCCAUCCUGAUAGCUGUCAUAGUGAUCAUCAUCAUCAUCAUUAUUAUUUGGAAUUACUCCUAAAAUCACAACAAAAACGACAACAGGAGGAGGAGUGGAGAAUACAAUGAAGAAGAGGAGAGGAGCAACGUUCAUAUUUAAUCUCUCAGAGGAAGACAACAUGCCAUUACUGGCAACUGAGCUCCAGUUUUCUCCUGGCAGGAGGUCUUCGUUCCUUGUCCUGGUUUGCCCUCAGUGUGUGUGUGUUUGUGUGUGUGUUGGUGUGUGUGUGUGAGUGGAUGGGUGUGUGUGUGUUUGCAAAUGUGCCUGAGUAAGUGAAUGUCACCAUACCAGAGUUUAACCCUGCAUUACUACGACAUACCAGACAUCUUUACACUUCUAAUGGAAUUCUUUGCCACUUGCCAAAGAAAACAGAAACAUAUAUAUAUAGAAAAAGGUCAAUCAUUCAACUUGAACUGCAUGAACCUAUGGAAAAAAGAAUAAAUAAACAAUCUUCAAACGUAUACAAAAGCACACACAUACUCCAAACUCAGGACUAGAAUUGAAAAUUGCGAUUGUAAACUCUCCUCAACUUAUAUUUACUUUUUUAUGUUUGAUUAAUAGCCAUCGAUUUGUGUAUGUGCCAGACUAAGAGAAGUGCCUUUGAGGAUAUACUGUUCUGUGUAUCGGUUUGUAUUGUAACCCUGCGUAUCAUUGAAUAUAUGAUCCCUCUCAAACACAUACACAUUUGUACUUUUCAGAUGCCAACAUUUCCAAUCUUCUCCUAAUUUUUAAACAAAGAAUUGUACUAUACUGUCACUUUUGACUUAGUGCGGUGCCUCUUCUAAACGUGCCGAUAGCUUGGUGUCCCGUAUUGCUGCUUUCAUCCUUCUCAAGAACCGCUCAUUCAAAAAGCUUCACACUCAUCUCUGUGUGGCGUACGCUCCUGGGCAUCACACCCUCCGUGAUACACUUUCAUCCCCGAGCAAUGCUCGAGUAAAUGCUUCAUUUAGCUGCAAAUGUUCAAACAAAUAUGGAUGAGAAAAGAUAGCCGGCUGUUUCAAACACUACACAGUGUGUACAUUACACACCACUAAUAUAAUCCUUCCCUUCUGUCCCCAGCAAUAUACCUUCCAAGUGUGAAGUCAAUUGUAUGAACGGUUGUUGAGAAAGUUGACAGACAUUCAGACAGAAACUCCUUCCAUUAUAGUUAGACGUCUCAGGCAACCUGGGAAUGAUGGGAUGAGUUUGCCUUGUUUUAUUUAUGCACAUGGUUAACUGUUAAAAAAUGUCUAUGUGUAAGACGUUUGAUUCUGGAUUGAAUAAAGAUGAAUUUCAUUGGUCACCCGAUAGCAGAUAAGCUAACCAGUAACACACUGUUGAACCACCUGAUCAUAGCUGUCCAUCUUCCUUUCACAAAGGACUCGGUAACAAUGAACUAGUAUGAGCUUGCGUUAAGAUAAGUGCCUAUAUGUUAAGACUCACGGCUUGGCAAGAGACCAUGCCAUGAAGUUAAAAAGUGCUACACUGGUUUGAGAGUUGCAAAUGGUAUCAAUCAGGUGCCAUGAAGUUGCCUUUGUUAUAUAUUCAAGCACAACACUUAGGAACAUUUAGUGUUAGACAGAUGCCUUAAUAGGUUUCUCCAAUGGAGAACAGCCAAAAUACAGCCAUGCCUCACUGAUCAUAGAGCAGUGAGUAAACUAGUAGUGCCUUCUCAAUGCUCCAACUGUACAAACCUGCUGCUUGCUUUUCUAGCUGAGCUAAUUAACGUUUUAAUUAAGUCUUCUGUUUAGUCACACAGGCCUUUAUUCCACCUGAUCAAGGCAGAGUUCUUCUCACGUGUGAUAUUUUAAUUUUAUUAUGCCUCUAACAUUAGCUUCUUUUUUUUUACUAAUCUUAGGGAGGCUGUAGGUGUUUGUUGUCUCUGGGUUCACGGCUGCUGAGCAUCGUGCGUGUUUGAGUGUAGAGAUAGACUUGGCACACUGGAUGAUUGCCUUCCCUGCUGCUGUCUUCUUCAUAUUCAAAUACAUGCAUUUUAAUAUUCACUCAUGAAUUGCAUUACUGCAAGGACAUGGUGGUUAUUUUUGCUUUCACGGUGCAUUGUUGAUACUAUGGUCGCUCAAAUGAAUAAAGAUGGGCUCUUUUUUUGAGUGAUAAAUCUAUUAAGGAAAUUGUGAAGUAUUUUGACAAGCUGAAACAGUCCUGGAUUUUAUCACUGAUGUGUGGUCACCAUCUCCUCUACACCAGUAAUUUGAGUACAUUUGUGCCAUCCUACUCUCCCUAAAUGCCUUUUGCUUGAAUAAAACAUUUUCAACUAAAAUAA